AUGCACCGCCUUGCAUUUGUAACAAUCGUUCUCGCGCUUUGGUCUUUGUUGCAUGUAUCUGCCGCACCCAUAGACGAUGUGUUUGGUGUUGAGCGGUCGCUUUCACUAGGCAACUUCUCCCUCACAAACAGAGGGACGUGGCUCGUGGAGUACUAUGCGCCAUGGUGCCCACAUUGCAGGGCCUUCGCGCCUAAGUGGCAUGAGCUUGUGCAGCGCGUCGAUUUUAUGGCACAGGAGACAGAAAAUCCAUUCACACUUGCACGUGUCGACUGUGUAGAAGAGGCUGAGCUUUGUGGGCAGGAACACAUUACAGGCUACCCCAGCGCGAAGUUGUACAAGAAUGGAAAGACGGUGGAAAAUAAUGUAUUCAAGAUUGUAUCGCGUGAUAUUGAUCGGCUCGAGGAAUACAUCAGAAAUGAGUUUGAGGCCACGCAUCCAGCCUUCGCGAAGAACGCUGCUCUCAACAAUGCACCUAGUGGAUCUGGCAGUGGAAGUGGUGCCCUUGUUCCUGUGACGCACCUCACGGAAUUUGGUAUGCGCCCUAUAGAAACAAUUGAGCAGCUGAAUCGCUACUUUGGCCCUGAUCACGGACAAGGCCCAUCGUUCGUCAAGUACUACUCUCCGUCAUGUCCACACUGCCGUGCGAUGGCGCACGACUUUGAGCUCGCCGCACGUGAGAUGGUCGGCCAAGUAAAUCCCAUCGCAGUAAACUGUCAGAAGUACAGUGAUGUGUGUGCGGAACACGAUGUGGGCGGAUGGCCGCAUAUGCGUCUCAUGAACGAUGGCAACUCGAUCGUGUACCCAGACUUUGGACGUGAGAAAGAUGACUUUCUUAAUUGGCUUCGUGAGCAAAAUGUGUUGGAUGCUGUCCGUCCAGUCGAUUCAAAGUCUUGGUUCAAGAAGAUCAAAAUGAAGAAGCAGUCGGUGCUCCAUCUUAUGCCUCAAUCUGACUUGGAAGUCCAGCUCCUCGAUGAAGUCAAAUCUCGCGUCAAGACGGACAUGCAGUUCCUCGUGUCAUCUGACCGAACGCUGUCGCGCCGGUUCGGCGAUAGUGGCGCGAUCCUCGUGUUCAACGACAACCCGUACCGCCCAAUGGCGAAGCUUCCCCUGUCGUCGAUUACCAUGAACAUCGACCAGGGGACGGCCGACACAGUGGCUCGCUGGCUUGAUAUGCAAAACGAGCCUUUGCUGCUUGAGUUAACGGGACCUGAUGCUGGCGAAUCACUGCAUCAAGACCCACCCACGGUCCUCGCCGCGCUGAGUAGCGAGAAAUCAGCGACGGUUCUCGAGCUGCAACUGCAACAGCUCCGCUCAGUUGCUCAGUCGUGGCGCUCGUCCCCAGAUCUAUCCAGGCAGCCCUUGCGCUUCCGUUGGUUUGAUGUGGAUGGCCGCGAAGCGAAUCCCCUCAAAGUCAUAUACGAUAUCGAUGUGAAAUCGGUCCCCUCUCUGUACCUCGUGGCGGGCGCUCUCGGUACCCCGUACAAGUACCCUAAAUCCAGUCGCUGGAUCAAGCAAGAUAAGGUCAUCAAGUGGCUGAAUGACGUGCAAGCGGGACGCGUGGCAAACGGCUUGGACGACUCUCUCUUGGCACGCACCUUGUCUGUUGGCUCAGCGGCCGAGGAGGUGAAUCCCGUACUAAUCGUGCUUGUGGUCAUCGCGAUUUUGUGUGUGAUUCCUCGUACCCGCCGCUUCCUACUUCGUCUCUUCAGUGGUACGCGUGCGAAUCGGAAAAUUGUCUAA